GUCGUGCGUGGACUGCAGCUGAGGAGGAGCAGAGCGGGCCUGAGACGCGGCUGAGGAGGAGGAGGAGGAGGCAACGGCUGUCUCUCUGUGGCCCGUUAUCCGCCCCAGGCUCCCCGGCCCCGCAGUCACCAUAGAGACCACGCUUCCUCCCAUGACAUGGGGCGAUAAAGGCAAGGUUCCCGGUCUCCCCUUCGUCUCUGAGGAGAAAGGAAGGCAGGAAGGGACGCCGGCCGCGUUCCAGCUUCUGCUUAAAUGGAAGCCACCUCUGGGAGAUGGAUGGCCUCUACUGACGUAGGCUUUGCAUAGCAGCUGUCCUACCCCAGGAGAUUGCAAUGAGUGGAGGCGGGGAACAGCCAGAUAUCCUUAGUGUGGGAAUACUGGUCAAAGAAAGAUGGAAAGUGUUGAAAAAGAUAGGAGGUGGAGGAUUUGGAGAAAUUUACGAUGCACUGGACUUGCUUACCCGAGAGAAUGUUGCACUGAAGGUUGAGUCAGCUCAGCAACCAAAGCAAGUUUUGAAAAUGGAAGUAGCUGUGUUGAAAAAACUACAAGGGAAGGAUCAUGUCUGUAAAUUUGUUGGCUGUGGAAGAAACGACAGAUUUAACUAUGUGGUCAUGCAGUUGCAGGGUCGGAACUUGGCAGAUCUCCGUCGAAGUCAAAGUAGAGGGACAUUCACAAUUAGCACUACCUUGCGACUUGGCAAGCAAAUUCUAGAAUCUAUUGAGAGCAUUCAUUCAGUGGGGUUUUUACACAGAGAUAUCAAACCAUCUAACUUUGCUAUGGGGCGUUUUCCUAGCACCUGGAGAAAAUGUUACAUGCUGGAUUUUGGACUGGCACGUCAGUUUACAAAUUCAUGUGGGGAUGUCAGACCACCCCGGGCAGUUGCUGGAUUUAGAGGGACAGUGCGGUAUGCAUCAAUCAACGCUCACAGGAACAGAGAGAUGGGACGUCAUGAUGACCUCUGGUCUCUCUUUUACAUGUUGGUAGAGUUUGUGGUGGGACAACUGCCAUGGAGGAAAAUUAAAGACAAGGAGCAAGUGGGCUCUAUAAAGGAGAGAUAUGACCACCGUCUGAUGCUAAAACAUCUCCCUCAAGAAUUUAAUACCUUUCUAGAUCAUAUUUCUAAUCUAGAUUAUUUUACUAAACCUGAUUAUCAGCUUCUCAUGUCAGUCUUUGAGAACAGCAUGAAGACGUUUGGAGUGGCAGAGAGUGACUUGUUUGACUGGGAAAAGAGCGGAGCUGAUGGUUCUCUAACUACAACCACCACUUCAACUACUCCUCAGUUGCUCACUCGUUUGACUCCAGCAGCUAUAGGAAUUGCCAAUGCCACACCAAUACCAGGAGAUCUGAUGCGAGAGAAUACGGAUGAAGUUUUUCCAGAUGAACAGCUCAGUGAUGGUGAGAAUGGUAUCCCUAUUGGAAUCUCCCCAGAAAAGUUACCAGAGUCUCCUGGACAUCGUGCUCAGGAAAAGGAUGUAUGGGAAGAAAUGGAUGCAAACAGGAAUAGGAUAAAACUUGGUGUCCAAAAAGCUGCAACAGAAGAGGAAAACAGUCAUGGGCCAGUUAAUGGAAUGCUUAAUGCACCAAGCCUUGAUUCUCCAAUUAGAGUUCGCUCAGAGACCACACAGCCAGAUCGGGAUGUUCCUCUGGUCCGGAAGUUACGAUCAAUCCAUAGUUUUGAACUGGAAAAACGUCUAACCUUGGAGUCAAAACCAGACACAGAUAAAUUUCUGGAAAUUUGCAUGGAGAAGAAGAAAAGAGAACUGAAUGCUGGAAAGGAAUCUGCUGUUGCAGCUUCUCAGAAAACACCCAUUCCUGCAGUUUCAUCCUGUCAUGAGCAUGUUUGGCACUAUGAUGAAGAAUACCUACCUGAGGUUUCCAAGCCUGGUUCUGGUGGCUCUCCAGAACAGGGUGAUGGUGGUGUUAGCAAUGGGUAUGUGGCUGUCAAUUUGAGCUCCUGCCAGCAAGAGUUUGACUCCAAGGAGUGGGUGAUAGUGGAUAAAGAACAAGACCUGCAGGAUUUCAGGACUAAUGGAGUUGUGGGGCAUAAAACAACUGGAAGUCCUUCUGAUGAGGAGCCUGAGGUGCUUCAAGUAUUGGAGGAGUCCCCACAAGAAGAUAAACCUGGAGCUCACACCAAGGAUGCAGCCAUGGGAGGAGUACCUUUGGAUCUAGGUGUUGAAUGUGGUGGUACUGCAGCUUCUGAACAGUUUACAGAUCAACUAGAAUUCCCAGCUGGAGCUACAGGUCAUCUUGCUGUCACACCAACAAGUUUAAUAGAGGCACAAGCAGAAGGAGCUUUUACUCCACUCAACUCACUUCACAUGCUGCAUUUCUCCAUCCCAAGAAUUUCAAGCCCCAUCCUCCGUACCCUGAACCCUGUAGCCCAUCUUACCACCCAUGUGGACCUUAAGAAAGAGAGUGGCUUUCCAAGGAGUCACUCAGGAGAGAGCCAAUCUUCCUCUUCUUUGUCAGCUACCCGUAGGCAGCUUCCUAUCAUUCCCAGUGGAAACAGGUUUCCCUCUGUCAUUCGCAUCUCAAAAGCACAACUUCAGCAGGUUACAAUACCCAGACCAUCAAUGGCAUCCACACAAUCUGCUUCUGAGAGUUUUCAUUAUGGUCAGCAGCUGGAGAAGAAGGACCGGGACCCUCGGCUUUUGGAACAUAAUAUUGAACUUUUGUCUCCCAAGGAGAACUUAGCUGGCUCACUGGUGGCUAAUGAUACAUUAACAUUUGGUGCCAGUAAAACAGACAUAGUUCCAAGGUUAGACCACGAACUAGAGGCACCUGAUAAAGAAGGACACAUUGGCGAAGGUGCUGAAAUCCAUGAUCAUAGCCAAACGGACCUACUUGAACAAUACAUGAAGAGGCAAGGGGAGAGAGAACUUGAAGAUCUCUUUGAAGAAGACAAACAGCUUGCUCUGUUUUGUGAAGAUGCAUUUGAAAUACAGAGUAAAGGGCCAUGCUUAACAGAUCUAAGAAACUCAGAAUCUGUGUUGGAUGGAUCUCAGGUGGUUACAGAACUAGAAGAACUGCGACCAUUCACUUCCUGUUCAUUGCCAAAUCAAGAUGUAAAACAAGAGUUAUUGAAACAAUCUGCCCCUGAAACAUCUGAUGUUUCUUUAUCAAGAAGUACCGAUCCAUUAGCCCACAGACUGGAAAGCCAAAUGCCAGUGCAGGAAAAUGGUUUCCAGGAUGAUGGAGAUAUUGAUCAUGCUGAAGAAUUUCAAUCCCAACAGGUGAAUCUUGACACUUUUGCUCAUCAAAAGAUGAAAAAGGAGGAAAAUGUUCAAAAAAAUGGAGAACUCUUUCAUUCUAUUUCAGAAAAUGAUAGUUCUCAUCAGUCCAAGAAGGAGUUAGCAAGAUCACCAUUUGUAGCUAGACAGAGUCGCAUUCCUGUAUUAGCGCAAGAGAUAGAUUCCUCGUCAGAGUCUUCUCCUGUUUCAGCAAAGGAGAAACUGCUUUUGAAAAAGGCUCAUCAAACAGACUUGGUUAGAUUGCUAGUAGGAAGGAGACAGCUCAGAUCUUUUUUUGGUGACCUCUCAAGUGCCUCUGAAAAGUCACUGAAGGAAAAAGUAGUUACUGGUCCAAUGCCACUUUCUGAAGAUGUGUUGUCCUCCAUUUCUAAACUGACAUUGGGCACUCAUUUGCACAGCCAAGUAGAGGAAAACUAUUUGUCACCAAACAGUCCUCAAACCAGAAAAAGCAAAAUUCCAAGACCUGUAUCUUGGACUACUCUGGAUCAUAUUAGCAGUUCCAACUCUGCUCAGUUUUUUCCUCGACCACCACCAGGAAGACCACCAACAAGACCUGGAGUAGAAGCCAGGUUGCGCAGGUAUAAAGUGCUAGGAAGUAGCAGCUCUGAUUCAGAACUGAUCUCUCGUCUGGCUCAAAUUCUUCAGAAUGGAUCUCAGAAACAACGAAGUUCUUCUCAGUGCAAGAGUCCGGGAUCUCCACAUAGCCCCAAAACACCACCCAAAAGCCCAGUCAUCCCCAGACGCAGUCCCAGUGCCUCCCCUAGGAGCUCUUCUUUGCCCCGUACUACCAGUUCAUCAUCAUCCCGGAGUGGUCGGCCACACCACGACCAAAGAAGUUCAUCCCCCCAUCUUGGCAGAAGCAAAUCCCCUCCCAGUCUUUCAGGUUCUUCAUCUUCAAGGAGAUCCUGCCCACAAGAGCACUGCUACAACAAAUCGAACAAGAAUGGCUUGAAAGGGUCUAGUAGCUCUUGCCACCAUUCCUCUUAUGCUAAAUCUCCCACAGGAAAGAGCAAAUCGGCCAGUAAACUGAGCAGAUAGGAACAGAGUCUUGUCAGGUGUCAAAAGCCCACUCCUUAAACUGAUGCAUGUUCUGUCUGUAUACUGCGUAUUUUAAAGAAGUCCAUACUGACUUUCAAAGAAAAACAGCUCUAAGAUAAGUAUUAUUUAUAAGGCCCACUUUGUACAUGAGUGGCUAACAUUGCCUAGGCAGCAAGCAGAUCAGAGAGGUUAGAGGGCAGGCAUGGAGCAUCAGAAAGUUAAAGGUGUGUGAAACAUUCAAAACAUGCAACUUGAAGGUGAAUGUUUUUAUUCGGAUUUUCAUUUAGUUUUUAUUUACUAAGAAAGCUUAUUUUAGGCUUUCUGUCAAGGAAAGGUUAAAAAAAAACCCAACUGAAACAGGUUUCACCAUUACACCAUUCACUGAGGUUAAUACUGUGCGUUGGUAGAUUUAAAAAAAAUCAUUUGGAAGAGCAAUCUUCCUGUAAGGUUCUCUUUUAGCAAUGAGCCUCAACAUCAUUUUGAAGCUAUUAGCUGCACUUAUGUCAUGAUUUGUACUUCUCUCCUUUAAAAACAAAACAAAGCACCAAAAUAAACCCACAUCUUAUACCACUAUAUAUUUAAUAUGAGCUGCCUCCUUAGAUACAAUAAGUGAAGAUGAAAUUAAGUGAAACCAUUAUCAUAUGAUAAUUAACUAUGCAUAGGAUUACAAACAUAAAUUUGAAGAGUUAGAAGAACUCCUGAUCCUUGGAUAAGUCAGUAAACUCUCUGUAUGUUUCUAGAGCUAUACAUGUUUCCAUCAGGUUUCCACCAUGUAAUAAGUGAAGGAUCAAGAGAUAGUUACCACAGCCUGAGUUAAGGAAGAAAAAUGAGAUUAGAUCCUGGGAUAGUUCAUAGUUUUAAUAUUUAUUUUAGUGCAAUAAAUUUCACAGUACAAAGGGAGCCACUGUUAAAACUUACAAAAAUUUAUCUGAGUGUGUGCUUGAGGUGUUUAUUUCUGUUCACCUUAUAAUCUUACUCCAGUGUAACCAUACUGAAUAAUAGAAAUGUUUUCAUACUUAAGACUUGUUACUUGAAAAUGUAACUUAAUUUUUUUAAAACAUAAAGCUUUAACCUUCUCAAAAAUGACUGCAGAACCUAUUCACGCAAUAUGCUUGAGAGAACCUGUUCAUUCCCCCCUCCCCUUUAGAAUCUGGGCCACAGUUCUUGACAGUAAAUGCUGCAGAGCAAGAUCAUAAGGUAGUUUCUCAUAUUUCAGCAUCCCUAAAUACGUAUUGUAUGCAAAGAACAUGCAUACUCAUUUCUCCAAAUGUGUAUAUACAUUAUCUUGUUAGGCCAUCAGACACAUUUCUCUGCUGGAUGGAACAUUUUGUGACUUCUGGCCUAUACAAGCAUACUGUAUAGUGUAUUUAAGCAUACGCUUGCAUUUAGGGCAAUUGAAAAUUGGAAAACAAUAUACAGAAAACUAAUGGUUGAGGACUGUCUUCUACUUACCAGAAAUGUUAUGCUCUUAAUAAAGUCAUUGGCUUCUAGCUUUCCAAUAUUUUACUUAAUUGAAUAACAGAGGAAUGACUUCCUCUGCUGGAUUCAAAUCCGUGGUAGGUUAGAAAAGUAAAACACACAUUUUAAAAUAGAUACAGUUAGCUUUCUGAAUGGGUAUUUGUUUUAAAAUUAAAUAAAUACAGAAUCUGAAUACACUGACAAUUACUGAUCUGCUUGCUAUAGACUUAUGCCUAUAGUCAGCAUAAAAUCUUUUUAAUUUAAUAUUGUUUUAUCAUCAUUUGCUGCCAAAAUAGUAUACUUGGAUGGAAAAGGGAAUACAGUAUUUCCUCUCUAAGCUAAUUCAUUUUUAAUGCUGCAUUGAAGCUGCACUGAUUUUCUCUUGUUCUGUCAGAAUGUGUUGGAAUUUUUUCUUCUUAAAUGUGUAUAUUGUUUCCUAUAAGUGAUGUAGCACAACAUUGAACCAUAGUCUCAUUCAGGUUUCAAGCACUACGGAAGAAUGCAAUAGAAGGAGCAUACCUGCUGUUUUUUUGAGAAACUCUGUGAUUUAAAAACCUAUUUUGAUGUAUUAUACUGUAUAAUAGGUGCUGUUCCAAUACAGUACUUGCAUGUUCUCAUGGAUAAAUUAUAUAUUAUAAAUAUUUAUAAAUAUAUAUAUAUAUAUAUAUAUAUAAAUAUACAUACAUAUGCUUCUAUAGAUUUCCCUAAUUCUCUCAUUUCCAUUUGUAACAUAAUGGACCACAAACAAUGCAGUACUCUUUCAGUUGUGUGCCUGAAUUCAAUAAUACUCUUGGCCUUGCUGCUCCCAGUUCCUGGCAUGCACAAAGCUGAAUAUUCUUCUUGCCUCAGUUCAGGACUGAAGGGUUGGUGAUAACUUAGUGUUUGAUAUCGGUUUUGUCACUUUAUUUUUAAAUUUCUGAAUGAUUUGGAAAGAGUCAGUGAAUUUUUGUAUAUUAUGGCCAAAGUUCAUUCUUUUGUCUAUCUUGCCACUACAUCCCAUCAUGAGAGCCUUGUUGCACAGUGAGUAAUGACAUGUGGAUCCAUACAACACAAAGAAAUCUAGAUCUCCUCUUCAUCAUUGUCAUAUGAGGUCUCUAUCAUAAUCAAAUGAUUGUGAUGAAGACAUUCUGGGAACCUGCUCUUUCCCUUAGGCUGCAGUCCAACCAUGAUAACCUUCACAUUAUCAAAUUUACAGUUGCAUGCAACUGAUUACAUUGUCCUAGCAGAGUAUGUUUGUAAUGCUACAUGAUCUGCCCCCUUUUGAGAUGGCACAGAAGCGCUUCCAAGGACUGAUUCAUUGUGAAGCUAAAUAAUUUUAGCUGAAUCAGAUGUAUGGUAGAGGUAUAUUACCUAAGAGUAACUUGCCCUGAAACAACAAAGCUGUAUAAAUUCUCCAUGCUUAUUCCUAUGUUGUCCUGUAGGAUUUAAUGGUAUCCGUUUAUCUGGCUUCUAAAGUCCAAUAAAAAGCUUUCCUUCUUUUCUUACAACCUGCUUCACCUAUUUGAUUUUCUGUGAUUUUCGUAUCUUACACUGUAUCCAAGAACAUUUUUAAGUUUCUAGAGGAAUUCCUUCAUAAACAUGUGCAGAGCAUUUGGUAUGGUAAGAAUAGUUCACCUUGCAUGUAGGAAGAUGCAUAUCCCAAAGAUUGAUUUUCAUGCUUUGCUUUCAGGGAUGAAACGAUAUGUAUCCUAUGCAUUUACUUAAAAAGAAUGUUGUAGACAUACUGUUAUACAUUCCUGUUAUGUAUGGUAUGCUGAAAGUAAUGUUCAAGCUCUUUUCUGUUGCUAUACGUUUGUAUUUCUUUCCAUUCUGUACUAAUGCAAAAAAAACAGGCUGGAGACUGGGUGGUAAUUGCGGAAAGCAUAGGUUGAUGUAUGUGCAUUUUUCAUUUAGUGAUAGAACAGUGGGGUUUCUGGAGGUGUCACUGUACCAAACGUGUGAGCCAACCAUGAUUAGAAAGCCAAUGGUUUACUAAUGUAGCUUUAAGCAAGCGUAGUGAACUACUACAAACGCUCUUAAUUUCUCUGUCUUUAAUCAGUGAGUUUCAUUUUUCAUCACCUACAUUUGUUUCUUCACAGUGUUUACCACUUCUGGAACCAAAAAGCCUUCCACUUCAAAGGAACAUUCCUCUCCCUUACAACCCCUGAAAACAAAUUGAAUGACACAGAAUGGUAACAAUUCAGAUUGUAAAAUCAUAGGCAGAUCAGGACUGCAGGUAGUAGAACUCAAAUGUUCCAGUAGGAAGAGAUUUGAACUCAAAGUAAGUGUAUGCCUCUUGAGUCUGUCAACAAUUUUAUAUGCUAGGAACACUUAAAGGUGAUUUUAUUUCUCUCUAGGAUGCAAAGUGAUGACUCAGAUCUUCUUAGAUCUAUGGAACAGGAGAUAUUUCAGCUGUCCUGACUCAAGCCCAGCAGAGUAAAAUUAGUGUUGAUUUGCUGGAUGAAAAUAAUGCCAUUAUACAGUAUGUAUACGUAAAAAAGGGUGCACAGACCUUCUUCUAGAACGGUGGUCCCCAAACUGUGCCCUUUAAGAGAUUUUGGACUACAGCUCCCAGAAGCCUCAGUCAUGUUGGCCAGUAGACUGGAAUUUGGGGAACUGAAGUCCAAAAUCCCAUAAAGGGCACAGUUUGGGGGCCAUGGUUCUGGAACAUAGUUGGCAGGUGUAUGGCCCUUCUGUUCUUGGCCUACAUCUUCCACGAGCCUUAGGUAGCAUUGCUCAUGGUGAGAAUUGCAGUUCAUCAACUUCUGGAGUUCUUUACCCCUGCUUUUGAAAUACAGUAUAAUGCACAUAAGUGACUCCCUAACCUCUUUUGCUUGCUUUUCCUCAGUGAUGAUAGCAUGUUUCUGAAAGCCCCCUCCUGCUAAUACCUUUCUUGCUGAACUGUCCAUGCCUGAUCAUGUGGCCCAUACAACAUGAAUGAAGGAAACAAAGGCUUUGAAGCUAGGAGUAAGUACCUAGUAAAGCAGCAAGCUGUUACUAAUUGAAACAUUGUUAGAUUUCAGCAGAUAGGAAAAAAACAUUCUUUACUCCAGGAAACAUUUAGCUUCUCAAGAAUAAAACUUCUGACAAUGAAUUUAGGCAACACAUUAUUCUGGAGUGGUAACUUAGUGAGGUCAUAGACUCCAGUGUUUUUCUUUUCUUCUUCAUGUUUUCAAAAUUCAGAUUAGAUUUCUAUUUAUAAUUUUGUUAAAUAAUUUGAAAAUACAAAGUAUUGACAUAGUGUCUUUGUAAUGGUCAUGUGUACAUAAAGGUGUAGUUAUUUAUUUUAUCCCAUUUGUAUCAUAUCAAGGCUUUGUAAAUGUUUUAAGUUUGGUUUUUGAAAUUAUUUUGUAUUUUAUUUUUAUAAACUGGUUCUAAAUAAAAUUCAUUCAGCAUGGAUCAAUAAGUUUGACUAGGUUUGUCAGUUUAUUCUAUACAGAACUUUACCAAAAAUAGUUUUGUAAAUACUGUAAUUCAGUUUAGACGAUGCAAAGCAAUGAAUCCCGUUUCCUGGAAAAUCAAAGUUUGGAGCUGAAAAACUGGUGCUGAUCUAUCAAUGAUCAGCUUUGGAAUGUUGAUGAUUAAAAUAGCAUUUUAAUAAACUUUUUAACAGUGGUGAAAUAAA